GAAAAUAUUUCCUAAACAAAUGUCCAUUUUUCAACAUUGAGUUGUUGUAGGAGAAAACAGAAAAAGUAGUAGCGCACAAACAGAAACUCGGAUAGAUCAAAACCUAGAGGAGACGAGGAGUCAACGGCAUAUACAUAAUAUGAAUAUGAUGAGAUACCAAAACCUAAUGGUAGGAGAUGGCCUCUCGGAUCAUCAUCUCUAUUCUUUUGCUUGCAAUGAACUGAGCUCCAUGAUAGACCUUGGUUACUCUCGAUUGCCAAAAGAUGUAAGAGUCUUCAUCUUCCGAGAUUGUCUCUCCGCUUUUCGUCUGCUUCCCGAUUUCUGUGUUUCAUUUAGCAUGAACACAUCAGCUGCUAUUUCAGCCGCUAACCUUCUCCUGAAGAGCGUGGAAUCAGCAUUUCCAAAACAGAAGAAGAACGUAGCCCUUGUACAAUUUAAGCAGGCAAAAGUAGCACUUAAGAGACGCACUAAGAGCCAUGACGAACAUAUAAUCACACCUUCACUUCCACAAGAUAUCCUUAUUCACAUCUUCAGUCUCCUUGAUGUAUCAUCCUUACUUUCCUCAUCUCAAGUCUCUCGUUCAUGGAACCUAGCAACGCAUGAAGGCUCUCUGUGGCGAUCACUUUUUGAUCUGCACUUCAGUCACGAAGUCAUGAAUGAUAUUCAUCCCGGUUUUGACUGGAGAGAAGCCUUUAAAAACGAAUGCAUUGUUUAUAAUUCAUCAAAGAUGUUAAGAUCUGGUCGCGGAUACUGCAGUUACUGUGAGACCGUUGUUUGGCAUGACAACUUUAGAUGUCCGAAGAAACAAUGUCAGUUUGAAUCAGGCAAGGAGCAACUCGACCCCAUGUUAACUCGCCAGGUUGUUAACUAUUUACUGGGGAUAACUAUUUCGUCUGAUGAAAGUGAUUCGGCCGAAAGUGGUUCAGUGGAAAGUAGCUCGGUUGAAAGUGACUCGGUCGAAAGUGAUUCGGACGAUGAGGCCGUUCCUGGACUAUGGGCUAAUCCUAAGAAACACACAGAAAGGAUUCCUAUGCUAUAGUUUCACAGCUUAACGCAAUAAGACAUGGUUAGGGCUGACUAAAAAAACUUUAAUAAAUGAGAGGAUUCCUUUCUGUGUGUGCACUUUUUAACUCGUAUGCACAUUUAUAUUCAGAGUUGUUUUUUUUUUGAAUAGUGUAUUCAGAGUUGUUAACUCUCUUGCUUCGGCUUGUUGCCCUCAUGGGCCUAUCUGUCUA